UAAAUAUCCUAUAGUAAUGGAGUUUGUGAGGAGUCAGCAGUUUGAGGACCCCUGCAGUCUCUAGCAGCCUUAGCCUGUCUCCUCUCACGACCCGUCCGCUACACCCAUAAUUCCCCGCGCCGGGACAAGAUGGAAGAAAGCAGCGACCGAAGGAGAACAAUGUUUUGGCAAUAAAACCCCCAGGCGGCGAAAACCGAGAGAAUACGGACACGUUUCGAUCCAGCUGCGGUCAUGCGUAGGAUAGUCUGCUCCUGCAUUCCUUAUUAGAUAAAUUGCCCUCCUUCCCACUCUGCAAAGAAAAAAAAAAAAGAAAACACCACCAUGAGUAUUAUCCAAGACAAGUUAGGCAAUGAAUUUUUGCGAAAUGGAGGCAUGGACCCUAAUUUUGCACCAGGUAUGCUUAUGUUCAGCCACUUGCCACCAGUCACCAGCUUCACCCGCCUGGCCUCUCAGUCCGUCAUGGGCGAGCUUCCCCAGGAGAUGAUCCUGAAGAAAGAGCGGGACUCGCCUCCGGAUCACCAGGGAACAAACGCUGCGAACACCGGGGGGUUUCUCCACAGCAUGGGGAUCAAGCAGGAACGACUAAGUGAACUGGAUUACCGGAUGCCCCUCUACGGCGGAGGCGGUGGAGUGGGGGUCAACUGUGCUGGAGGGGGCGCGGGGAAGAGCGGUACCGACUUGCCGGAGGUGUCUUUCGUUAACCACCACCAGAACCACCAGAACAUGCUUCUCCACGAUCUCAGCCUCAGCAACGUCCGCUCUCUGGGAGAAGCGAUGCCUGGAAGACAAUGUAAAGAGCCAAAAGAGUCCUCAGGGAGAAGGGGGCGGAGGGGCAAUGGAGACGGGCAAGGAGGCAAAGUUCGAAGGAAACGUAACGACCCUUCAAAGGCCAUGAUGCUGGAUGCAGAUGGAGCCUGCCUUUCCCCAAACUCCAAACCACAUAUCUGUGAGCACUGUAACGCUGCCUUUCGCAGCUCCUACCACUUGCGCAGACAUGUGCUCAUACACACAGAUUGUACAGGUGAGAGGCCUUUCCGGUGCAGUCAGUGUAACAUGAGCUUCAUUCAGAAAUACCUGCUCCAGCGGCAUGAGAAGAUCCACAGUGGGGAGAAGCCUUUCAGCUGUGACCAAUGUAACAUGCGCUUUAUCCAGAAGUACCACAUGGAGCGACACAAAAGGACCCACAGCGGUGAGAAGCCUUAUCGCUGUGAUACUUGCCAACAAUUUUUUUCAAGAACAGACCGGUUACUGAAGCACAAACGGACUUGUGGAGAAGCCAUAAAGAAGGGUCUAGACCCGAACAUGCUGGAGCUCAGUGAAGCGGAGCUUGGCCAAGGCAGCUAUUCAGUCACUCAGGGAAACACCAGCAGCUCUGGACGCAAGAGGGGCAAGUCCAAAAACGGCGAGGGCGGCGAGCGCAAGAGGAAGAAGAACGCCUCCUCCUCCGCGGCGGCGUCUUCCUCCGAGGGGAUGGCCCGUGAGCUGGGCCUGCAUGACUUCAACAUGGAGCACCCCUCUGGCUCUGACUCUGCAAUGCAGGGGCGCACCCCCAAAUUGGUAUUUAAAAAAUCUGCCCGGAAAGGACUCGACAAAGGCCUCCUGUCCCUGGACGAUGGUGCCGACGAACAGAAACUGUUAGACCAGAAGGCCGUCUCCAUGGAUCACGUGGAAGCGUCUGGCCUCGACGGCAUGGGUCUCCUCCAGGGACCCGGGGCCAACAAACCAGGGCCCACCACCAGCAGCAACUACGACGAUGCAAUGCAGUUUGUCAAAAAGCGGCGCUACCUCCAUGCAGUUAAUAAUGACUAUGGAGCUGGAUCCCUGCACAUGGCAUCCCAGGGUAACAGCGUGAUCCAGGGUUCCCUCGGGCCGGAGCCCACUCUGGCCAUGCUGGACUCGCCGCUGGAUCUUAAGCACGACAAGUCGGGCAUUCCAGACGAGGUACUGCAAAGCCUGCUCGAUCAUUAUAGCCAUAAACCAGAGGGAACGCACCACCACGACGUGACUUUCGAUUUGUCCGACCACCCACACCACGUCGAUCUCCAGCCAGCUGCGCCCGUCACCCCGGAGCUGGAGGACGACUCGGGCAACGGGAGUGACAAAUCGGCAGUAAUGAACGAGUACUCCAAGUUCCUCCUGCAGGCCUUGGAGCGCACCAGCCAUAGUGGACCCUUCCCCAGCCUUGGCCCCACGGGGCCUUUCCCUCUGCUGUCCAGCAGCUCCAGUCCCACCGGGCCCUUGUUCUCUGACAAACACGUCUACACCACAUCCCCGCUGGACUGUGGCUACCCGCCUGCUGUUUCCUCUCCCCUACCGAUCGCUGCCUCUUCCUCCGCCUCCUCCUCCUCUUCCUCCAAGUCCCACUAUGGCAUGCUCGUUGGAUCCCCCUCGCAAGCGGGCUACCACCUGAGCUUGGACUCUACAAGUCACCAGCAGCUGACUCCCUCUCAGGAGCUGACCGAGCAACUGGAGAAGCAGCAUUCCCCCGGCACCUUCAGCAUCCCCACCCAGGAGCUAGCGGCUCCGCCCGACGGCCCUAAAGGGCCGCAGCCUAAGAACGGAGGGAGCUCCGCCCCCAGCAACGGCUCCACCUACCCCGACCUGUCUCCGCUGAACCCCCCGAAGGAAUCCACCUACCAGAUCGAGAACUUCGCCCAAGCCUUUGGGUCCCAGUUCAAGUCGGGGCGGCGGACCCCUCUGAGCUACGGGAGCGACCCGGGGGCGGAGGUCGACCACAGAAUACGGACUCCAGUGUCAGAAUUCUCAGGGUAUACCAGUUUGUUAGCUGACGUAAGCGAGCCAGUGAGUACAGGAUCAAAAACCCCCACAAGCCAAAGUUUUAGAUAAGGGUUUAAGCCAGGGAGGGGGCUGCCGUUGCUGUCCACGUAGUUCCAACCCCCGCUCCAAUCUCCCUCCUGUAGCUACGUUUUGUUUUACAAACACUGCCAUUAAAUGUUGAUACAAAAAUGACCAGGGAGGGUCUUUUAUGGCCUCAAAUGCAAUUUUUUUAAAUACUCAUUUCUUUUUCUUUUGUUUUUUACUAUGUAGUCGCCUACUUUUUGUUUUUUUUUUGGUUUGUUUUUUCUUCAAAAGUAGUGCUUUUGAUAUGAAACCGUACCGUAGAUUUAAAUGUAAUUUAAAACAUUUAGAUGGUAGCUAUUAACUAACUUGUUUUCCCCUCUCUUUCUGUGUUUUUAUCAAUCAUCUUACCAUUGUAAAAAAAAAAAAAAGAAAUAAAAAAAAAGAAAUAAAAAACAAAAAAUGUUGAUGAUUUCAAUAACAUUGUGGCAGGGAAAGGCCCAGAAUUCAAAUGGCAAAAAAGUAUAUAUUGUCUGUUACAAGAAACGUAUAAACUCAGGAAAAAUAGGCAAAAUUGUGUAAUAAAACUUUGUAUUAUGAGAUGCAAUUAGCACAGUUUUUCCAGGUGUAUUUUGAGACUACAAAGCUUUGUUUUUUUGCUUUUUUUUCUACUUGUCAGGACAACAAAUUUACAAAAUUUCUAGAAAUUCAAGUAGUUUUGUUGAGAUUAUGGUACUGUGUCAGAGCCACGUCUACACGACUUAGUUGUAGCAAAGUUUAGGCCAAACGUGUUCACGCAGCAUGAGAGGACGACGUUUUAACCUUUGACUGAGCAGCUUUUAGCCAGAAGUUGUGCAUCACUGUUACAGUUUCCAGCCUCAGAUGAGUGUGUUCAUGAUGCUGUUACUGAUGUGAUAUUUUUGUUUGUUUGGACACCACUUUUUCUACUCCACGUCUGCUGUUUUCUUUUUAUGUCAAUGGAAUCAAACAAGCACUUUUUAAAUAAGUCAUUGGAAACAACAAUAACCCACUCAACUUUGGUUUGUGACAUUAUGAUGUUUUUUUAAAGGAGAAAACUGUGAACUGUGGGUGGGAUGGGUAACUGAUAGUGGUCAACUAGCUGUGACCAUGGGCAUUUUUUUAAACAAAAGGGUGGGUUUGUUUUUCUUCGAAUUUUUUUAAUGUAAAAAUAUGAUUUGCCAUAAUUUUGUUAUACAAUAUUUUUGAGAGUACCUCUUUGUAUUUAAGUGUUUUUUUUUUUGUUUUUGAGAGAUGGGCUGACAUGCUGGAACCCUUUUAUGGGUAUGUCAUAUGCAUACCGAAACCCUGUUAUUUAUUUUACAGUAGUAGCCUCGUCAGAACGCGUAAUUUUAGGCGUCCAGCUCCGCGGAAUUUCGACCAACUACCCCUUUUUACCCCCCCCCAAAAAAAGCAGCCCUGCACUCGCAAGAAUAAACAAUGGCCUUCUUUGUCUUCCGUGGCUUAAGCCAUUCUGUCCCGGCAGCCAGGGUUGAUAUUUAAUUUAGUUGAUUUCCUGUGAGCCGUUGCCCCCCUUUUCCCUCCCCCUUCCUCUUCCUAUUGAAGCUGCUCAGAUCCCACAAAACAAAGACUGACUGACCAGCCACUUCACUCCAAACAAGCUAUGCUUUUUUUACAAAAAUAAUACAAAAAAAUAAGAAAAGUGGGUUUGAUGGAGGAAAAAAUUGACCUAAAUAUACCUCAUAUCAUUAAAGCGUAAGAAAGCAGGGACGCGUUUCAUGUAUGUAGUGAAAAUAUUUGUAGUAUAGGGUCGACAUAUUGUAUAAUCAUUUAACACUGCCAGUGUUUACAAUUAUAGAGCAAAUGACUCAUCAAAAAUGCAAAUGUAUUAUUUUUUUUUUCUGUAAAAUCAUCCACACCGAGCAGUGUUGCAUUAUAGAUGCCUCAUAGAACAUUCAUUCUCAUCUUAUAUCCCUUAUUUUUGUUACUUCUUGCCAUAUUGUGUUUUGAUAUGAUCUCUAGAAGGAUAUUGUUUACAAAAUGUACAAAAAACACUAAAAUUCUGUUUUUUUUUCUCCAGUAUGCAUGAAAGACUUUUUGUACGUUUUUUUUUUUUCUUUUCAGUCACAUCAAUACCAAAUUUUGUAGCAAGAGCCUCCCCGUUCCUUUGUCUUAUUCGUUCUAGACCCCAUGUGAUAUGAUUUCCCGGCUGUACCUGUUAUUGAGAUGAAUGGAUUAGAGAAGUCAAUAAAAACGUUUUGUUACAAAA